AUGAUUACAGGGCAGCUGAGCAAGCCGCUGCUCUCCCUGCGCAGCGACAUGAGCGUGGCAGAACUCCGGGCGGACGACAAAGCGGCCAGUCCAGACAGCGAUCUGAACGACGAGCCCCUGCUCCUGCCCUCUGAGGCCACGGACAGAGACGGCACUCCCAACAAGCUGUACGGAGCCCGAGACGGUUCAGUCCAGUCUGACGCCAGCAGCAGUCCUUCAGAGCAGAGUCAGCUGGGCCAGUCCCAUCCGGGAUAUCCCAUGGGCCCACAGUCUCUCCUGGUCGCCCAACAACUAGCCAACGCAGUAGGAGGCGUGAUGUCCGGAGCGGCACCAGGCAUGAACCAGCCCAUCCUCAUCCCUUUCAACGCAGGCGGACACCUGGGAGGGCAGCAGGGCCUCGUCCUCUCUCUGCCCACUGCCAACAUCCAGAGCCUGGUGGCUGCUGCUGCUGCAGGGGGCAUUAUGACGCUCCCCCUCCAGAACCUGCAAGCCUCUGAACAGCUGACUUCACAGAGGCAGAAAGUAGUAUCAGUGCAGCUUAAAAGGCCCCGUAGGAGGCCAGAGGAGCGUGUAGGUCCCCUCCAACACCUGCAGCAGCUCCAACAGAUGCAGCAGCAGCACCACCACCAGCAGCAACAGCAACAUCAGCAGCAACAGCAACAACACCAUCACCAACAAACCCACCCCCACACCCACACCCAGAACCAGCUGCCACCCCAGCAUCACAUGACCCCACCCAACCAGCAGCAGACCUCUGUUCCUUCUCCGGGUUCGGCCUGCUCCUCCACCUCUGGACAGCCGCAGCACUCCCCGCCACACCGGCAGAACCAGUCGCCAACACGCAGCCUUCCUUCACCCGUCACACCACCCAUGCCACUGCCACUGAAUCCACUGGCCAGCCAGGCAGCAGUAGCAGCAGCAGCAGCUAUGGGAUCCAUCGCAGGGUCUCAGGUGUUUGGAAACACCCUUUCAAACCUGCAAGGAGCCACGGGGCAGCUGGUCACCAAUGCACAAGGACAGAUAAUUGGAACAAUCCCACUGAUGCCCAACUCUGCAGGGCCCUCCAGCCAAUCAGGGGGUGGCAACCCAGCACUGCAGGUACAGCCAAUUACACCUCAGCUUCUGACCAACGCUCAAGGCCAGAUCAUCGCCACAGUGAUCGGCAAUCAGAUCCUGCCUGUCAUCAACACCCAGGGAAUCACGCUGUCACCAAUCAAGCCCGGACAGCAGCAGCAGGGUCAGUCAGGCCCGGCAUCGUCUCAGCCCAACAUGCUCCACAUGCCCCACAGACAGAGUCCUCUCCACCAGGCCUCCUCCUCCUCCUCCACCUCCUCCUCCUCCUCGGCUCUCAGCGUGGGGCAGCUGGUCAGCAACCCGCAGACCGCCCCCAGCGAGGUGGACGGGGUCAACCUGGAGGAGAUUCGUGAAUUCGCCAAAGCAUUCAAGAUCCGCCGGCUGUCCCUGGGCCUGACCCAGACUCAGGUGGGCCAGGCGCUCAGCGCCGCUGAAGGGCCCGCAUACAGCCAGUCUGCCAUCUGCAGACACACCAUCCUGAGAAGCCACUUUUUCCUACCACAGGAAGCCCAAGAGAACACUAUAGGUAACAGUCUGACAGGCAAACUGAACCCUGGCCUUUUAUAUCCUGCCAGGUUUGAGAAGUUGGACAUCACCCCUAAAAGCGCCCAGAAGAUUAAGCCCGUUCUGGAGCGCUGGAUGGCCGAGGCUGAAGCCCGCCACCGAUCCGGCAUGCAGAACCUGACUGAGUUUAUCGGCAGCGAGCCUUCCAAAAAACGCAAGAGGCGGACCUCUUUCACCCCACAGGCGCUCGAGAUCCUCAACAGCCACUUUGAGAAGAACACGCACCCCUCCGGACAGGAAAUGACAGAAAUAGCCGAGAAACUGAACUACGACAGGGAGGUGGUGCGGGUGUGGUUCUGCAACAAGAGGCAAGCUUUGAAAAACACAAUAAAGCGUUUGAAACAGCCCGACCUGGGCCCAGCUGCACCCAUGGACCCUCUCACUGAUUCUCUAGAGGAGCUCCCCAAAUGAACGAGCUCUUCAGCGACAACAACAACGAAAAGUGGAGUGGAAAAGCAGCAGCCAUUAAACAACAAAAGGUGGAUGAACUCAUCUUGAAAUGAGACUGAAAA